AUGUCUCGUCUUUCCCCGUUCCCAUCCAACAUGACAUUCCGCACCGAAUCUCGUGCUAGUGUCGCCGCCUCCGACACGACGUACUACACAUGCGCCUAUCAGUCUUUCCACGACGUAGAGCUUUACGCUCCAAGCUCUCCGCCUUCCAAGACCCCCGUAUUCGCGCCGGUCCGGGCUCCGGCACCACCCUCCGCGCCAAAGAGCCAAUGCAUUUCCACUUCCAAGGACCAGGAGCCGGAACCAUCUGAAAUGCGCCGUCAAGAUUCUGGAUAUGAGUCGCUACCUCCCCGCAACUCAUCCUCAUACCAGCGCCGCACAUCAACCGCUUCCUCGUCUCAGUCUUCUUCACAGCCGCACUCCCGUCCGCGGGGCCGCCCAACAAUCCGCCGCACCCCGAAGCCAAACACGUAUCCCAAUGCGGCGCGGACAAGUGGUAGCAGCCUAUACCACCCGUCCUCCAGAGGCCACCACUCUUCACACUCGCAUGCGCAGCCGGCAACGUUUUUCCAUUUCCCGGCCCACCCCACCGAUGUCGAACUCGCUUCCCGUCGACCACGAGAGGACCUCGAGCUCGAUGAGAGAGGGCUGCUCUCGCCCACGCAGCAACCCGGCAGCGAGUCCGCGGAGAUGGCUCCCCUUCCCCCUCAAGCAACGCAUUACUGGACCAGUGACCGGACGAGACGGCUCGAAUAUGCCGCCAUCGAUGCCGCCAGCCGGGGCGUCAAGGGCUGGGUGAAGCGGCAUCUCGUCCCGGACUGUUUCGUCCCGAAGGAGAAGCACGUUGCUUUCGACGACGACACGGGUAGCGUGCGACGAUACAGACUCGAGCUCGAUGAGGAGCCCACGGAAAAGUGCAACUACGGCGGCCGGAAAAGGAGUUGGUUCGGAUGGCGCCGCUCCAAAACGGCGUGA